AUGGCAUCUCCAGUCUCCCAAUUCAAACUUCUUGCAUUUGCUUCGGCAUGCUUGAUUGCCAGUUCCGAUGCCUUUUCAACUUCAUCGAACUUUCAGGUGACUACAGGACCAAGAAUUCAACCAAGUAUAACGUCCACACCUGGUUCACUGACGAUAAGACGAACGUCUUUGGGACCUUUGACGGCGACGAUACAACCUAACACACGUACAUCAUCAAUACAAUCGUCGUCGACGGCACUGAACAUGGCAUUUUCUGAUAUCUCAGACUUUUAUGCCAAUUGCCCCCUUCAGGCAGCCGUCUUGACGUGUGGUUUCAAAGCCAGUGUGGCCGAUGUCAUUGCCCAAAUCAAGGGAGCAAGUCCCGAUGAAGAGGAAGAAGAGGAAGACGAGGACUCGUCGUUUUCUCCCAUGACCAUAAUGGAGAGCAGUCACAUGGUUGAAGAACCACAAGAACAUCAAGACAAUCACUUUGACUUUGAAAAUCCCAUGGAGAAUUUUGAGAGCAUGGUGGAAGACAUUGACUUGUCGCCCAUUGAAGACUUGGAUGGCAAGCGAAACUUUGCUUACAUCAUCUAUGGUGGUAUCUUUAUUGGCCUCAUGUGCCAUUUGGAAUACGAUUAUGCCUUUCCAUUGAUGUUUGCUCGGAAUGGGGUGGACUAUGCGGUCCAGCAACAUGUUCCACAGACGAUUCUAUCGGAGAUUCUUUUUGACAAUUUCAUCAGUGGACCUCUGUUGUGGUUGCCUCCUGCCUACCUCAUCAAGGCGGUUGUAUACGACUAUUCCUUCAAGGAAGGACUGGAAAAGUAUGUCCACGAUAUCAAGGAGAAUGAUCUCUUGAAACGCUACUGGCAGAUUUGGCUUCCUGCCCAAACGAUAUCCUUUUCCGUCGUCCCAGAGCACUUUCGAGUGGUCUGGAUGGCUUCGGUCAGCUUUUUCUGGUUUAUCUUGUUUUCCACUUUGGCUUCCAAGACAGACGAUGUCGAUGCGGAAGCGGCUCUUGCCAAGAGCAAUUGA